GCGGGGUGGGGCCGUAAAGCCACGCCGAGCCGCGCUGCCUCCCGGGGCGCCCUUGGGAAGAGCGUGGGUCAUGGCUGUCGGGGCGCGGGGCUGCGGGGCCAGCCUGGACCUGCUCCGGUCCCUGCCGCGAGUGAGCCUGGCCAACCUGAAGCCCAACCCCGACUCCAGAAAACAGGAAAGACGUCCAAGAGACCGGAGGAGAGGGAGGAAAUGUGGCAGAGGCCACAAAGGAGAAAGGCAGAGAGGAACUCGGCCCCGGCUGGGUUUCGAGGGAGGGCAGACUCCAUUUUACAUCCGGAUCCCAAAAUACGGAUUUAAUGAAGGACAUAGUUUCAGGCAUCAGUAUCAGCCUUUGAGUCUCAGGAGACUGCAGUAUCUCAUUGAUUUAGGGCGAGUUGAUCCAACUCAGCCUAUCGACUUAACCCAGCUUGUCAACGGCAGAGGCGUGACCAUCCAGCCGCUUAAGAGGGAUUAUGGGGUCCAGCUGGUUGAAGAGGGUGCUGAUACUUUUCAAGCAAAAGUGAAUAUUGAGGUGCAGUUGGCUUCAGAAUUAGCCAUUGCUGCAAUUGAAAAAAAUGGCGGUGUCGUUACUACAGCCUUCUAUGACCCAAGAAGUCUGGAAAUUCUGUGCAAGCCUGUUCCGUUCUUUCUGCGGGGACAGCCCAUUCCAAAGCGAAUGCUCCCUCCUGAGGCCCUGGUGCCGUAUUACACGGAUGCGAAGAACCGGGGGUACCUGGCCGACCCUGCCAAGUUUCCUGAAGCAAGACUUGAACUCGCCAUGAAGUAUGGCUACGUUCUUCCUGAUAUCACGAAAGAUGAACUCUUCAGAAUGCUCAGCGCUCGGAAAGAUCCAAGGCAAAUUUUCUUUGGCCUUGCUCCUGGUUGGGUGGUGAAUAUGGCAGAUAAGAAAGUUCUGAAGCCUACAGAUGAGAAUCUCCUCAAGUAUUACAGCUCCUGAACUCUCUUCCAGCAAAGCAGACGUGAUGAGAACCAGACAGGCUGAGAAGAGGCUCUUAUGGGUCUCAAAUCCUCGGGGUUGUUAGUAGCUGUUGGUGUGUUCAGAUCCGAAACUAAAUCACAGGCAGCAGAAGCUGCACAGAACUGAUCCUUUAUGGGUGUAUGUCUCAAAAUUCAAAAGGUGACGGUCCUUAGAAAAAGGUCAUUAAAAAAAUUACUUAAAAUCACCUCUUUACCACCCUUUUUGUUUGUUUUGAGGCAGGGUUUCUCCGAGUAGCCCUAACUGUCCUGGAACUCGCUCUGUAGAAGAGGCUGGCCUCGAACUUGCAGAGAUCCGCCUGCCUGUCUCUGCCUCCUGAGAGCUGGGAUUAAAGGUGUGUACCACCAUUGUUCAGCCUAAUUUUAACUACUCUAAAACAUCUUCCUGUCCAUCUUUUCAUGGUCUUUCUUACCUGUUUUGUCAGAAUGAAGAGCAAGUGUAUAGGAUUGAUUAGUAGGCCUGGGAGCAGGUGCUGCGGAGCUAAGGCAGUAGCCCCAGGGAAGCUUGGCUACCACCCCUUAGGAUUGUGAGUCCCCAGCAGGGAUGGAGAUGCUCAGAAUGAGGCUACAGCUGGUGAGUUACUACAAAGGUGCAUAUCAGCAGUGGAGGCAGAGGAAGGAAGAUCACAAAUGAAUUAAUUUUCACAGCAUUGGUGAAUAGAGAUAGUGGUCAAGCCAUUAGCAUUAUUCUUGAAGACAGUGUGUUCCAGUUGAUAAAAAUUUAUUUAUCUCAGACUUCAGGACAUUUCAGUUAAGUUUAGAAAAUUACUCAAAGAUUAUAUAAGCCACGUAAGCAAAUGAAAAUAGGGACAGUAUUGAGUUCAGUGCUUUACAUAACUAUUACUAAAUUGAUUAGUUCUUCAAUCUCUUUUGGAUUUGGGGUCCUCACUAAGUCCGUGGCUAGCCUAAAACUCUGUAUGUAAACCAAACUGGCCUCAAACUGAGUUCCGCCUGCCUCUGCCUUCCAAGUGCUGGGAUUAAAUGUGUGUGCCACUA